AUGGACCCGAGCACCAUGCAUACACUGGCCGAUGUCCUGGCGGUCGCAAAGAUACAUCCGUUCUAUUCAGAUGCAACAUACCCGCCAGGAGAUGAAGCUGUUCGCGCGGCCGGAAAGAAGGCUUCUGCGGAGAGCAGUGAAGCCAAAUAUCCAGGCAGAAGCUUGAUCAAGCCGUUAUUCAACCUGCUUCCCUUUGGAGGUCGGGAGAGGCCUGAGCAAGUCGGUCUGAAGGCACAUCCUCUCCUUCAUAAGAAAGACCUAUACAAGGUCAUUGAGAGACUGGUCAAUGAUACCAGUCCGGAGAACACGUACCGUCACAAUGUAUACACAAGUGUGACAGGUGGUGGAAGUACUCUGUCAGUGCCAUUGUUCUUUGCGACUAAUGCUCUAGAGAACCGUCAGCAAAGAACUUACUUCGGGGAGUUCUUAAAGAACAUCGGUCUUAUUGAGCGUGGCGACUGGGUUUUAUCGACUCAUCAUGGAGGCAAUCUUUACAGAUCCCUCGACUUGACGUGCGAGAUUAUGGAGAACGCCGGCGCUUCCGUGCUCGCUGCUGGGAACGUUGCUCCUAGUCGUGCGGUGCAUUGGCUACAGGAGUUUUCUGCAAAUGUCCUCACAGGUGACGGGAGUCAAAUCGUUGCAGUGGUCCAUCAUAUCUCAACUCUGAAAGAGGGCAGAGAAAAGAUCAAACUCAACAAAAUUAUCUACACUUCGGAAGGACUCACAGUCGCACAAAGAGCGCAUAUCCUUGAAGUUCUGGGACCAGUCAAGAUCUGCUCUAUCCUAGGCAGUGCAGAGGCUGGACCAUACGGAGCGAACACUCCUGAGCUUACUCCUACUGAGCCGGGUGCCGCAUACAGCGACUUUCUAUUUGACAUUCGCAUGAUUCUUAUUGAGAUCCUGCCGCUUGACUACGACGAGAUUCAGAGUGAUACAGCUCCAGAGACUCUUCCUGAGGGAGAAACAGGCGUGAUUGCACAAACUGUUCUCGCGCGCUUACGAAACCCUGUCGUUCGUUAUAUAACCGGCGAUGUAGGUUCCAUUCAUCCUCUCCCCAAAGGAUGCCAGUCGCGGAUUCCCCAGAAUGACCAACCCUACUUCCGCAUCCUUCGCCUUCACGGCCGCGACCAGCGCUUCAGCUUCAGUUGGGAUGGCUUCGAUACUAGGUUUGACACCCUGGCUACCAUACUGUCAAAGGAGGAAUACGGUGUUCUUCAAUGGCAGGUUAUCUUGGAAAAGAUGGAGCCAUCCAUGGAGGUCUUCCUCGAAAUUCGGGUACUUUGUAAAGAUGAUGCGGGAUCUGGAUCUCGAGAGGCUUUAAUUGCCCGCAUGAAGACGCUUUUUGACAAUAACCCUGUUAAUCAGCACAGAUUUAAGGUGGCUUUUAUUGAAGGGAUUGACGGAUUUGAGUUGAGUAAGACGGGACAGAAGGUUAUCAAAUUUGUUGAUAGAUCUGCCUAA